AUUCAUCCCUAGCCCCCGCUGUUCCUGCCUUUCCUCCCACCAAGAUGCGUUUCAUAGACAUCGGCGCCAACCUGCUAGAUGACAUGUACGGCGGGCAGUACAAUGACAAGUCGUACCACCCGCCUGACCUAACUGCCGUACUGCAGCGCGCCUGGGCUGCGGGUGUGAGCCGGCUGAUCAUCACCGCGGGCAGUCUGGAGGAGUCGCGGCGGGCGCUGCAGCUGGCGCAGACCGAUGAGCGGUUGUUCUGCACGGUGGGUUGCCACCCCACCCGCUGCGGGGAGUUCGAGGCGCACCCGGGGGGACCGCAGGCCUACAUGCAGGAGCUCGCGGCGGUGCUGCGGGAGGGGCAGCGGCUGGGGAAGGUGGUGGCGGUGGGCGAGUGCGGACUAGACUACGACCGGCUGCACUUCUGCGACGCGCCCAGCCAGCGGCGCCACUUCGAGGGCCAGUUCCAGCUGGCGCGCGAGUCGGGGCUACCCAUGUUCCUGCACCUGCGCGCCGCCGCGGGGGACUUCCUGGAUAUCGUACGGCGCCACGCAGCGGACAUGCCGCGAGGGGGUGUCGUACACUCCUUCGACGGGAGCGCGGAGGAGGCGGCGGCGGUGCUGCAGCUGCCGCAGCUGGCCAUUGGUCUGAACGGCUGCUCCCUGAAGAGCGAGGCCAACCUGGCGGUGGUGGCGACACUGCCCACGGAGCGGAUCAUGAUAGAGACGGACUGCCCGUGGUGCGAGAUCCGCCCCACCCAUGCGGGCCGCAAGUUCCUGUCCCCGGCUGCCCUGGCCGGCAGCAGCGGCGCCAAGGACCGCAAGAAGCACUCGGCCGGGUGCCAGGUGAAGAGCCGCAAUGAGCCCGCAAACAUACGUCAAGUGCUGGAGGUGAUUGCGGGUGUGAAGGGCAUCACCGAGCUGGAGCCGCUGGCGGAGCAGAUCUACACCAACACAGCCGCCAUGUUUUUCCCGGAGCAGGGG